AGCGUCGAUUGACGUCAUCGAUAGGCGGCCAAGAUGGUUGUCAAUGUUGAUAAGUGGUUUGGUUAUACGGCGGAGCGGCGACGAUAAACGACCGGACGGGGGUAUCAAGCGUGGUCGGCGUUAUGCCCGUCAAGUGAGAGCGAGAGCCCGUAUUGAUGAGAAUUCGCGCGUUGGGUUGGCCGUCGCGCGAGGAAUGGCAGCCUAUGGGGACGUGGAGAGCGUACGACGUACCCUGGACGUCGCGCAAACUAUGAUUAACUUCACCGCCGAUCAGCUCGACGAUUUGCGGACCCAAUGCUCCGUUACCGCGGAGCUGACCCAGCAGGAGAUAAGGAUGCUGGAGGGGAAAUUAAUAAAGUUAUACUGCAAACAACUUGUGGCAAAGGCCAGAUUGGCCAACCCGUUGCCGUCAGACAUAAUAGAAUAUCCAUCGUUACAACAAUGGUUGCGGGUAGUCGGUCUCACUCAGGAAUCAAUUCAGAUGGUUUGUUUCAAAGUUAAUACUCUUGAAGACCUGAGAGAGAAGUCUGAACAUGAAUUAAACAGUAUGUUAAAUAAAAAUUGUAUAUACUACAAGGAAGAAUGUCGUAGGCUUCGUAAAGCACUGAGUAAUUUAUGGCGAUACAUGGAUAUUCUAAUAAAAGGAGAUACGGAGAAUGAUUCAGAUUUAUACUGGGAUUCUUGGGACAGUUACCAUUUACGCAAGGAAAUUUGUUCUAAGCCAAUUCUAUCUCGUCAACGGUGUUCUAUUCCAUCAGAGAGUAGCAUUCCAUAUCAUAAUAACAACAAUGAUGUAUUACCAGCAGCUUCUGCAUCUUUGAUACUAAGUAGUCCUCCUUGUAUCUCUUCAUUACUAAAGCAAGAACGUGAAAUUAAAUUUCCGUCAACUCCUCCUCCAUGUAAAAAACAACUGAUUAGUGUGCAAAAUAGCCCAUCUGAAGUAUUUCCAUUAGCUAAGUCAAAAUCUCAUGAAUCACAAUUGGCAAGUCGUCCUGAUAGUAUGCAACUUGAUAAUGAUGAUACAUUAUCUAGUUUUAGAAGUGACUUUCCUAUAAAGAACAAAAGUAAUUUUUCUGUGAGAAGAAAUUUACCAACAGAACAAAGUUUAGAUUAUGGUACAACAGACUAUGGAAGGGAAGAAAGUCUUUUGUCAAAUUGUAAUAGCCCUGUUAAAUCACCUAUUAAAUCGCCUGUUAAAUCACCUAUUAAAUCACCUGUUAAAUCACCUAUUAAAUCAUUUUUUAAACCACCACCAAUCUGUACUACAAAUGCAGAAAGUGAUGAUAAUCUUGCGGGAUCAGAAACAAGUCUCAACGUGCCAAAAUCUCCAUGUACUCCUGUGUCUCGCGGCAUGAGUCAUAUAAUUGCUCAUCGCUUUACCAGAUCUUUUAAUGUAAUGACAGUAUGUGACUAUUGUGAGAAACCGAUGUUUAUGAACACUUUAAAAUGCAAGGAAUGUAAAUAUAGAUGCCAUCGAGAAUGUGGAUCCAAAGUACCUCCUUCUUGUGGCCUACCUCGAGGAUUUUAUGCUGAGUUUAAACGAACUAUGCAAUCUGAGAGUAAUUUGCUGAAUGUUUCUCCAGUAUUAAAGAGGCCUGCCGCAACAUCUUCGAAUAAUGCAAAUUUAUUACCUCCUUUAAAUCGCAAAGACAGGAGACUGUCAUAUACACAAUCUUCUAUGAAUAUACCUUGUCAGGGCGAUUCUAGUUUAAAUACCUUGAGAUAUAACCGCUCAACACCUUCUAGUCCGGCAUUGCUAUCAGCCACUAUUAGCCACAAUACACACACGUUUUUAAAACAGUUUCAUUUUCCAGAUGUACUGAUUAGAAAGGAGGUACUUUCUGAAAAACUGCAGGAGAUGAAAUACAGAUCCGAGUUAGCAAUUUCGAGUGAUAAGAGAAGAAAAAGUGAUACGGAUGAUAAGUAUGACAGAAGACUAAGUGUUUCAGAAUAUAAUAUCUCAGAUUCAGAAGAGAUACCAAAGAGUACUGAUUCUCAGGAAUCUCUAAGCUCUGACAGCGAAGUACUGGCAGCUGGAGUUACAUAUCGUUGCCCUCGACAAAAUAGUAUGACAAUGGGACAAGACUGGGACAUUCCAUAUGAUGAAUUGAAGAUUAUAAAACAGAUAGGAAAAGGAAGAUUUGCUACAGUACAUCGAGGUUUUUGGCAUGGAGAUAUUGCAAUUAAAGUUUUAAAUAUUUUUAGUUUUUAUUCGGAAGAUGACAAGAUAUUAGAAACAUUCAAAUUAGAGGUAGCUGCAUGCCGAAUAGCUCGGCACGACAAUUUAAUAUUAUUUUUGGGAGUUUGUAUGAAACCUCAAUUGGCUCUAGUGACUAGUUUGUCUAGAGGCACGACACUUUACACUCAUCUUCAUUUAGGAGGAGACAGAUAUACUUUAGCUGAAAUGAAUUUUAUAGCUCAACAGAUUUGUCAGGGUAUGAAAUAUCUUCAUUCUCGUGAGAUAAUACACAAGGAUCUUAGGAGCAAGAACGUAUUUAUAGAAAAUAGAAAAGUUCUGAUAUCAGAUUUCGGUCUGUUUAAUAUUACCAAAUUGUGCCAUGGAAAUAGGAAAGGAGAAGCAUUGAAUAUACCACCAGGUUGGUUAUGUUACUUAGCACCUGAGAUUAUUCGCCGACUAAGACCAUUAAAUCGAGGUCAGGACAAAAUACCAUAUUCAAUCGGUUCUGAUGUGUAUGCAUUUGGGACUAUCUGGUAUGAGUUGUUAUGUAGUGAGUGGCCUUUUAGAGGUCAACCUACCGAAGCUAUCGUUUGGCAAGUUGGAAAAGGAAUGAAACAAUCUUUAGCAAAUUUGCAAGCUUCCCGUGAUGUGAAGGAUAUUCUAAUGCAUUGCUGGUCAUACCAUCCAACAAAACGUCUUGACUUUAUAGAGAUAAUAAAUCUACUCAAAAGGCUGCCUCGCAAAAUGUUAGCGCGUAGUUCCUCCAAUCCUACAAAUUGUUCUCGUUCUGCAGAAUCUAUGUUUUGAAUACAUUUAAGUUUAUUUAAAUAUGCUGUUGUUCUUGUAAUGUAAAUAUAGAAUUAUUGCCCGAUCUUUGUUCAAGAAAAGUAAAAUAAAAAUCACUAAAAGAUUCGCGUUUGUUUGUAUUACUAAUUUAUUAAAAUGUACAAAGCAAGAAUAUUAAUACAAUAAUUAAAAAUAUUAAAUUGUUGCGAAUACAUAUCUAUUUUUGUGAAUAGAAUCGUAACACUAAAGUCUCCCUCUUUAGGAGGAGAUAUGUAUAUAUUUAUGAUUUGUAUUUAUUAAACAUAUGUAAAUAUCUUUUGUAUUUUAAAUAUAUGUAAAAUCUACAAAUAUUUAUAAAUAAGUAAUAUAAUUUUCAAAACAAGCAUUUUUAUAUGUGUAUUGUAGAACAGCUCUUCAGUGUAUGUUUUAAGAAAUGUUGAUUGAUCUUUUGUUCUCUCUCAGGUGAUAUAACUUACUGAGAAUAAUAGGCGAUAGACAAUUUGUUUUAAAUAAAUUGUUUUAUAAAUAAAAUUAUCAGAUAAUUAC